GGCCGGGUUGAAUUGUAAUCACGCUAGCAUGGGAAAACCAUAGGCAUUAAAACCAGGGAAAACAUCAUGCUUCUACGUCACUUUGGUUCUGAGCCGACGUCGCCAUAUGACAGUGGGGGGGCACUUGCUCCACGCCCGGGAGGUAGCCCGUCCCCGAUUCCAAAUCGAAUGUAAAUCUUUCAGCCGGUGCAAAGACGCGUACACGGGCGAGAUCAAUCGAACUCUCUGUUGUUUUGAAUCCGCUAGACACAGACUGGAGGGGGUACGGCUCUGAUUAGAAGAUGGCGGAUGUUGAAGGCGAUGAAAUUCGUUCGGCUCUCCUUUCGGCUUCCAGUAAUGGACCCGCUGCAGGUUCGGUAGUCGGUACCGGAGGCCAAUAUGCUACCCAGGUGACGUCAGGUCCACGGAUGGUUAGAAUUGUAAAGUCGGAAUCAGGAUAUGGAUUCAACGUUCGUGGACAAGUUAGCGAAGGAGGACAACUGCGAAGCAUUAAUGGGGAAUUGUACGCCCCUCUUCAGCAUGUCAGUGCUGUUUUGCCUGGAGGGGCUGCGGACCGAGCUGGCAUAUCAAAGGGUGAUAGGAUUCUUGAGGUUAAUGGAGUGAGCGUGGAGGGGGCCACCCACAAGCAGGUGGUGGAUCUGAUCCGGACCGGAGAGAGGGAGCUGUUGCUGUCCGUGCUGUCUGUGCCUCCCCAGGAGGCCGACUGCCUGGAGGCCGGGGAUGAGAGCGCGGCCCAGCUCAGCUACGACUACAGUGACAAGCAGGCCGUACCCAUCUCCAUCCCCACCUUCAAGCACGUGGAGCAGCACGCCGAGAGGUUUGUGGUGUACAACGUGUACAUGUCGGGCAGGCAGCUGUGCUCCAAGCGUUACCGAGAGUUUGCUAUCCUGAACCAGAACCUGAAGAGGGAGUUUGCCAGCUACAUCUUCCCCAAGAUACCCGGGAAGUGGCCCUUCUCUCUGUCUGAGCAGCAGCUGGACGCACGCCGCAGGGGCCUGGAGGAGUAUCUGGAAAGAGUUUGUUCUGUGCGGGUGAUUGGGGAGAGUGACAUCAUGCAGGAAUUCCUGUCUGAAUCAGAUGAGAAUUACAAUGGGGUGUCAGACGUGGAGUUGCGGAUAGCCUUGCCAGACAAGACCACCAUCUCGGUCAGGGUGCGCAAGAACAGCACGACUGACCAAGUCUACCAGGCUUUAGUGAUGAAGGUUGGUAUGGACAGCAUCAUGGCCAGCUACUUUGCCCUCUUUGAAGUCAUCAACCACUCCUUUGUGAGAAAACUGGCCCCCAACGAGUUCCCCCACAAGUUGUACGUGCAGAACUACACAUCGGCCGUGCCGGGUACCUGUCUGGCCCUCCGCAAGUGGCUCUUCACCUCUCAGGAGGAGGAGCUGCUCAGGGACAAACCUCUGGCCGUUCACUACUGCUUCCACCAGGCAUUGGAUGACGUGAAGAAGGGAUUCAUCAAAACAGAAGACAAGUCUUACCAGCUGACAAAACUGGCAGAGCAGCGCAAGAUGGCCAUGUAUCUGAGUCUGCUGCGCUCCUGUGAGGGAUACAAUGAGGUCAUGUUCCCCCACUGCUCCUGUGACUCCCGGAGGAAGGGCCACGUCAUCACGGCCAUCAGCAUGCACCACUUCAAGCUGCACGCCUGCACAGAGGAUGGCACGCUUGAGAACCAGGUGAUAUCAUUUGAGUGGGCGGAGAUGCAGCGCUGGGACACCGAUGAGGAGGGCAUGGCAUUCUGUUUUGAGUACGCCAGGGGGGAGAAGAAACCUCGCUGGGUCAAGAUCUUCACACCAUACUUCAACUACAUGCACGAGUGCUUCGAGAGGGUCUUCUGUGAGCUGAAGUGGAGGAAACAGAUUGAAAAAGAGGCCUCUGACAAAGACAACCAGAACUGCAGUAACAAUGCUUUACUGGUCAGGAAGUGAGCGGUUGAGUUUGGUUUCUUGAACCUUCUCUCUAUUCUAGAAUAUCUCCCUGCUCUUGAGACACAGAAGGGAUGGCGCCAUCUAGGGGGCGAGAUCGCCACAUCCUAAAUACUCCACCAGAAUCGGUCCACUUGCACCAUCACAACCGAGAACGCCAUCUGCAAAAGAAACUAAAAAAGAGAACUGAGGCGAUUCACUCCAGAAACUGGAAAUAAAUUUGAUUUAUUUUUGUUUUUUAAUGUAAUCACACAAACCCAGGAAUUUGCAGAUAGACGACGAGCAA